AUCACAUCGUUGCCCAAUUCCAUUGCAAAACUCACAAUGGUUUUUCUUCUCUUGUCGAGCGUUGUCCUCAGCGGGCUUGCGGGCUCUGUGGCAGCCAAUGUGAAUGUCUUCCACGCCAGACAGGAUGCACAGACCACAACCGAUCUCUCGUAUUCGGCCUUGUAUACAUCCUGCACCAACUAUGCAGCCACAUGCCCUCCCAUUGUGAGCUCUUGCGUUGACAACUUCUGUACUUCCUGUGCCUCACUGGGAGGUAGCGCAUUCAUUUCGUGUUGUAGUCAAACCACAGCAGCUGAGUGCUUCUCAUCGCUGUUGCUUGCUACCACGACCACGGACGACAACACUUCUCCGGGAGCCGGAACCAUGUCGAUCACAGGCACAGCAUCAACUGCCACGGACUCGUACUCGGCCAGUUGUUUCAGGGCGUUUUCAAUGAUUGAGUCAUGUGCUGCCGCGACUUCAGGAUUCACCACGUUAGAUGAUGGCGAUCAAGCCAGCUGCCUUUGUUACGCAGGCGCAACCUAUGACCCGGGGCCAUUCGACCUGCUCCAGAGUGCGUGCGUUACUUACGCAUCCACAGCGGAUCCAAGUGGUGUUUCAGUGUACCAGGCGGCCGCGGGGCUUUGUACUCGGGUCGGGGAUGUGAGGAGCGCGACGGCAACAAUCAGCAUCACAGAGCCGCCAGCACCAGCUCCAACCACAUCGAUCCCCGUGGCCACCCAUACGCUGCCUUCCGUCACCACAAGUUCGGCAACGACCUCGAUCCCAGCUGCAAGUGGCGCUGCCUCAAGACAAAAUGUUCCGGCAGGCUGGCUCUUGCUUCAAGUAUUUUGGUUGUUCUGAAGCCUUUUCCAGGCGCACGGCUAUCUGGGCCUUCUGAAACGAACAGGUUGUGGCGUGGUGUUGGAGGGAGUGAGCUCUGGUCAACGGACAGUGCGACGGACGGAAUCCUCAGUUGAUGGAUGUGCCGCGCAAUGCGGAAUACAUGACGGCAGGCCACAAAAGCCUGAACCUUGCAAUGAGGAUGCAUAAGCUGAUUUGCUGGCCUGUAUUCCCCCUGAUCAGAGAAUGAGUUGCGUGCUUGAUGUUCGAAAAAGCCAUAAGCGAGUACGAGCGCCGAGAAGUAAUUAAAAUGAAAUGCUUCGAGUCGGACA